GUGGGUUAAAAAACCUGGUCGAAACAAGGGAGUUAUAUUGAUAUAAGACUGUGCGGUAAUCUUUCAUUUACAUCUAGACAUAGUCAGACCUGGGAUAGAAACCACAAGACGCUUAGCAGAUCUUAAGAAUAGGAGCAUGUAAAUAUUUAUAAACUAUAAUUGAUUUGAACUGUUUGAGCGGAAAAUGGAUUUGAUCCAAUGUUUCACAAUCGCCAUUCUAUGGACCAUACAUGUAACUACUGUGGUUGGACAACCAGGGACGCAUGGCUUAUGUGCCACUAUGUCGUAUAGAGAUAUGAGACUAAAGCAACAGAACAACCACCAUUGUCAGAUGCUUGAGAACAUACAGCAUGAGAUUAUGUACACUGACAAAAAUGAGAGGCACAGAAAACAUAAUCAAAUUAUGAAUGUCCUACUUGGGCUAGAGACAAAGAUGAACAUGUUACUUGACGAGGGAGUUCACCAGGUUGUUUUCAGACCUCCUCCUGAAGUUGGCACCUUUGUAGAAAUGGAUGAUAUGCCUGUUUUACAUGAUUGUUCUGCGUUGCUGAAGUUUGGGUUGACUACAAGUGGAGUGUACGCAGUAACGACCCCUACUGGACACAUCAUCAAUGUCUACUGUGAUAUGGACACCAAGGAUGGCGGAUGGAUAGUCAUCCAGCGACGACUAAACGCCAAAGUCAGCUUCGACAGAAACUGGGACGAGUAUAGAAAUGGGUUCGGUGAUUUGCAUACAAGUUUCUGGAUGGGAAACGAGUACAUUCAUCUGUUCACGAGCAACAAAACUCAAAGAGUCAGGUUUGACAUGUGGGAUUGGGAAGGCAAUACCGCAUAUGCGGAAUACGACAAUUUCAAGGUUGAUUCUGAAAUGGAAAGUUAUCGGAUUCAUAUAUCUGGUUACAAAGGCGAUGCUGGUGACGCAAUCAACCAUUACCAUGACGAUAUAGGAUUCAGCACGGCUGAUAAGGAUAAUGAUAACUGGUAUGGGAAUUGUGGAAAACGAGACAAGGCUGGUUGGUGGUUCAGAGACUGUAGUUAUGCAUCACCGAACGGACGCUACCACGACCUUGAAGACCCUAGAGGAUAUCACCAAACAAGCUUUGAGGAUGGCAUCAUUUGGUACCAUUGGAAACCUGACUACACAUAUUCACUCAAACGCAUAGAGAUAAAAAUGCGGCCGAGUGAAUAAUUGUGGAUCUUUAUUUAAAAAAUGAUGCUGGAUUUCUAAAUGUGCCAUUUUAAUGAAUAUGCUUAACUAUAUAACAAUGACUAUUCAUUUGUCUGCAUAAUUAGAGAAACAACUAGCCAUUAAUCUCACGGGUGAAAAAUGGAAAAUAAAUAUUUUAUUGUAUUUACAAAUAUGAAAAAGCAU